GUGAACGAAAAGCUGUUGUUGACCGUGAAGUGAAGUGGUACAUGACAGGGUGGUAGGCCACGAUGUAACUCCAACCCCAUUGUGAAAUGUUAAUUAUCGAGCCUACUGUCACUUAGCAUAGUUAGUUUUUAAACCCAAUUUAAAGGUUUGAAUAAUCUAAAGUAGCAACGUGAAACAACUUGAGCGAAGUUAACCUAUGAAUGGAUGCUAGCUAAUUUAGCUAUGGCUUCUAAAUCCGAUCAUCUUCUCAUCGUUGUGUCUAUUCUCGAAGGUCGUCACUUUCCCAAGAUCCAGCGUCAUACUGUAAUAGUUCAGGCCAAGUUUGACGGCGAACAGCUUUCCACAGAUCCCGUGGAUCAUAAGGAACAACCGCAGUUCUGCACUGAGUUGGCCUGGGAGCUUGAUCGCAGGACUCUGCACCAGCACAGACUCCAACGUACACCCAUCAAAUUGCAGUGUUUUUCUGUGGACACAACCACUAACCAAAGAGAGUGUGUAGGGUACAUAAUUCUUGACCUCAGAUCCAUCCAGGAAAUCAAACAGCCUCCAAGGUGGUUUCCUUUGCUAAGCAGCAAGUACACCAAGCUAAAGCCAGCAAUAUUGCUGUCCAUGGUGUUGGAGAAUGAUGAGAAGCAAAGCCCGGAGUCCUUUAAGGCCAGGAAGGCCCCACCAAGACAAGUGCCGGUGGGUAAACUGCAGCUGGUUCUAAAUGAAGAGGAGGGCUUUCAUCAGCUCGGCCCUGCAGACAGCUGCUCAGAGCUCUUUGUUCUCUCUGUCACAGUGGCAUGUGCUUCCAAACUUGAGCAGCUAAUAGGCAGAACAACAGAGCUCUCCAGGGAGGGCGUGGACUUUUUCUUCUACUACACACUGCUGGGUAAUGACAUCACCAGUGAGCCAUUCCAGAAUGUGAUGAGCCCUAGCUUUGAGCCAGAGAGAGCCUCCGUGCGCAUCCGCAGUAGUGAGAAGAUCCUGCGAGCCUAUCUCAGCCAGCAGCCCAGUCUGGAGAUCCACCUGUGUUGUGGAAGCCACUCUCUGGGCAGUGCUGAGGUGUCCCUAUCCAGCCUCGCCCUGACCAGUGUCUCCGUAAGCACACAGCCAGCCACUGUGGAGGGAGCGUUUGUCCUGCAGUCCCCUGCCCAGGCCAGGCCCCGUCUGCCCAGUGUUCCCACAGACCUGCAGCCUACAGUGGGGGUGUCUGUCACCCUCAGGAAGGAGACGGCUAACCCGCAGGCAGCUGGCCGGGAGAGUGGUGAUGGCCUUCGGACGGGCAAAGAUGCUGUGCCUCGUGAUGGGCCCCCAUCACCUGCCCCCGUGGCCCCCUCUACUGCCCCUGCUCCAGCCCUGGCACCUCCCACUGAUGAACAGCGCUUACGGUCACCCUCACCUGGCCAGAGCACACCUGGUGGUGGUCACAGGUCAGUGAGUCCAAUCAAAGGAGGCGCCCACACAGAGAGUGAUGCUGAGAGCCUACAAGAGGAGGAGGAGGAGGAAGAGAAGCGGCCAACACUGCCUGAGCCAAAGCUCUCCCCUCCAGCGGCUGCCGCCGCAAAGAAGAAUCCAGAAGCAGAGCUCGUCUCCUCAGUUUCAGUGUCAGCUCCAAAGGUUUCCAUCCCAGCCUCAGCUCACCACUACUGCUUCUCCAUGGACCUGCGCAGCAUCCGAGACCUCAACACUGGAUUUCCUGUCAACUGCACCCUGAGGUAUGCGUACCAGUUCUUUGGCAGCGCAGCCCCCAUAAUGACCAGCCCUCCCGUGGAGGUGAAGAGGGGCACCGAGGUCUUCCUGCCCCAGUCCUACUGCGCCUUCGACUUUGCUGCCCUGCCACACCAACUCCAGGACACCUUCCUCAGACAGAGCUACACAGAGAGGCUGCCUGUCCUCAAGGCUCAUGGAUCCAGUGAGAAGGUGGCAGAACUGAGCUAUUUUACUACUUUGGAAGAUCUAGGUCUCGUCAGAACCCAAGAUAUUGCCAUUUCAGAGUCUUCUCAGAGUGGACAUCCAGUCCAGCCGAGAGCAGCUGCGGUGGCGCCCCCUAGUGGCCCCAGUGGUGCCGUGGCCGAGCCCCGGGAGACGCUGGAGUACAGAGCUGCCAUGGAGCUGGAGAUGUGGAAGGAGAUGCAGGAGGACCUGUUUGACGACCAGAUGAAGAAGAAGGAGCUGAACCACAUGCAGGCGCUGGCCGAGGAGUGGAGGAAGAGAGACCGCGAGAGGGAAGCACUGGUCAAGAAAAAGGAACUAGAGUACAACCUUCUUGAAGAGCAGCUACAAAAAACUCUGGCUGAGUUGGAGAAGCGGGAGAAGAAUUUGGCCCAUGCUGAGCUGGAGACACAGCGGCUGCAGCGUGAGUUGCGGGCAGAGCAUGAGUUCUCCGUGCGUGAGCUGCAGGACAGUGGGCGACGGCUGCGUGAGGACUGCACCCACCAGGUGGAGCUAGAGAGGGCAAAGGUCAGACAGCUGGAGGAGGAGAACACGCGGCUGCAGCAGCAGCUACUGGACGCCGACAGCAAAUACAAACUCCUGGAGAAAGAAUUCCAGCUGUUCCGCGAGCAACAACAUACCCGGCCCGAGGUCCGCCUGCAGUCGGAGAUUAACCUGCUCCGGUUAGAGAAGGUGGAACUGGAGCGCAAGCUGGAGACCAGCACCAAGUCCAAGCUGCACUACAAGCAGCAGUGGGGGCGUGCGCUGAAGGAGCUGGCCAGGUUUAAACAGAGGGAGCAGGAGAACGCCAUGUCUCGGCUGAAGAAGCAGCAGCAGGAGCUGGAGCACAUGCGUCUGCGCUACCUGGCAGCGGAGGAGAAAGAAGCGGUCAAGACGGAGAAGAGCGAGCUGGAGGACAUCAGAAACCAACUCAACAAGCUGAAGCAGCAGGAGGUGAAGCAGCCGUGGGGUGACCCUGUGGGGGGGUCAGCAGGCGAGAGUGUGGAUGACCACCUGAGUCGACUCUUAGAGGAGAGGGACACUCUGUUGCGCACGGGCGUCUACACACACGAGGACCGCAUCAUCAGCGAGCUCAACCGGCAGAUCCAGGAGGCCAUGGCCCAGAGACCGCCGUCCACCACAGACCGAACUCACAGACCCGCCCACUGAGAGCCAGAUACUACUCACCCCUGGCCACCUGCAAUCUCUAAUAAGGGACCUUCAUGAAGUGAAUUCCCAAUCAGACAUAGCCUGCAAUGACUGCUGCAACCUUCGGUCCUCCUGUGGUCACAGUGGCAGGCUGGGACUAUUUGAAUUGAUAUCUGUGAUUGAUUGUCGCAACACAAGAAUCCUUUUCCAUGGAAGGUGUGGAUGUUAACAGACAUAGUUGUGUCUUUUGUAUAUUUAUGUGUGUAUCUGUUGACACUUUUAGACCAUUUGUUACUUUUUUUUAAUGAAAUGAGUCAUAAAAGUCCCACAUCUGUGUACUA